CCCAAUCCUCCAUCAUCAGGCACCACACGGGUUGCGAAAACAUUGAGGGCAAAUACGAGCUCAAUGUCACAAAAUGUGAACGGAUGUAUUAUGUAAAUAUAUUAACUGAACUACAGAACCCGGACAUAGGGGAAUAUAAUCUAUAAAGGUACCGCCCCCCCCCUUCUCUCUCUAUCCGUCCCCCUCUCCACCUAGCCAUCAUGUCCACCCAGGUGUGCAGACUCCUGGUUUUGGCGAUGCGGUCUGCAUGCUGUCGUCCCGGCAACAGGCCCUGUGUAAGGCCCCAGGCGUCCCUAAGCUGUGGGCCCAUGGCCCGGAUCCCCCACAGACGCUCCUACAGCCUGGACUCCCUGUCGUCUGGGCUUGGGGGGCCCCAGGUCCAUCAGUCCAGGGGGGACAGGCUGUCCCCGUCCUCCGCUCUCCCCCACAGGAGGCUCUCUGCAGCAGCCAUGUCUGUCAAGGACCACCAUUCUCCACAACGCAGGUAUGAUGAUCUGGAUCUGGGCAGCGUGGAGGAGAACACCCAGAAGGCCAAAACCUGUAACAUUGUGAGGCGUUUCCUCGUAGAGCCAGCCCUCGCCAGCAUGGUGGCUCAACACAUGGGCCCAAACCUGGAGGACAGCAAAGCCGUCAUCUUUGAGUGCCACCCAGGUCCAGGGGUGCUGACCAGAACACUGCUCAACGCUGGGGCACAGAGAGUGGUCGCUCUGGAGCCACAACGAUGCUUCCUGCCAGACCUCCGGGCCUUGGAGAGCAAGUUGGAUGGUCAGUUGGAUGUGAUCCAGUGUGACUUCUUCAAUCUGGACCCUCGGACAGUGAUUACCCAGAAAACUGUGGUCAGAAAGUCAGACAAGCUCUUCAGCGACCUGGGCAUAUCAGAGGCCAAAUGGACUGAUGAGUCCUCAGUUAGGGUGGUGGGGAUCAUGCCUCACAUGACUGAGAAGAACAAGAUGUGGAGGCUGGUGUACGCUCUGUUAGAACGCCAAUCCAUCUUCCACUACGGACGCAUCGAACUCAACCUGCUAAUGAGUGAGAGAGAGUACCUGAAACUGCUGGCUCGGCCAGGAGACAUGGAGAACUACCGAGGGAUCGGAGCCCUGUGGCAGAUGGCCUGCAACAUCCAGCUGCUGCACAAGGAGCCCUGGUCCUCCUUUGUAACAUCCUCUAAAUACAUCCAUGUUAAGAAGAGCAGGCUCCCCAACCAGCACAUGUGUCUGGUGCGCCUGACGCCCAGAGAGGAUCUGUUCUCAGCACACCUCAGCCCCUCCAACUCCUCAACGCUCAUCAUGAUGGUCAAACAGUGCCUGACCAAGAGGAAGGCUCUGCUCAUGGACAAACUGAAUCUGUGGAGUCCAGAGAGUGGCCCUAAACUGCUGAGUCAGAUGGGGAUGCCAGAGGACAUCCUGACGGGUCACGUCUACCCCCACGAGUACCGCCAGCUGUUUGAGCUGAUGGAGGAGUCUCAGGAGUUCACCCAGAGCUGGCUCUACCAAGAGGUCCUGGACAACACAGACGAGAGCUGGAGCUGAACAGUACCACAACCAGCGCUACCCGCAGGCCUGGAGGGGUAUUGCAACCGACUCUUUAAAGGAGAAACACAUGGUGUCUGUGAAACUGAAGGACUGGUGUUGGAUGAUGCUGGUCUCUGGCUGGCCGUGAUCAGGACCUGAGAGAGGGGAUGUGUGUCGAGCCUGGAGCUGUGUGUCCAUGGAGAAGCAGAGACUGCAGGCAGGAAGACAGAAUCAAGGUCAAGAGGCUGGAUACUGACUCGUUUAAAGCCAUUUCUUUAGACAGGUGUGGGUUUGUGUGUGUUUUAUACUGUAGUUUUUUUAGAUGCAGCACAUAAAAAUUAAUGGUUGAAUCAGCAGAUUAUUGGACUGUGCCUAAAGAGUACUACAGAUUGUGUUUGUGUCUAUUGGUUCUGUAUAAAGUCGAGAAAAUUAACUUAGCAUUCAAGCCAACUAUGUAAAGAUAUAUUGGUAAAUGACGGUCUAUGGCAGAAUGCAAUGUGAUAAUGUUAUUUGGGGCAACAUAACAACAAACCUAUCGGAUUGUUUAUUCUUAUUAAAAGCAAUAUAACGUAAUGCCGAGACUGCGGUUUGCUGGCAAUAAAAGUGUUAUUAUCUGA